UCACUUCAAUGGCAAACGCGGAAAAGUAACGGUUUGACGUGUGUAUACAUGGUACCGUGUGUUUCCGGUAUAACGUGUGUGUUCAACGGUCUACAGUCCUUUCCUUUCCUUUUGGCGUUCAGUAGAACAGUCACUUAAGACUCCCGGCUCCUUCUCCCUAAACGGUGUAUCUAAAUCAGCGGACAUGGCAACUUCUGUAUCGGCUCAAGCUCAGGCUAAUACCGCUUCGACCUCGCCACCGCAGAGAGGAAUUGUCAAAAUGGUCCUGUCAGGAUGUGCCAUAAUCGUGAGGGGGCAGCCUCGGGGCGGGCCCCCCCCGGAGCGCCAGAUCAACCUGAGCAACAUCCGCACUGGGACCCUGGCCCGCAGAGCCGCUCAGAGCCAGCCGGACGCCAAGGACACCCCUGACGAGCCCUGGGCCUUCCAAGCCAGAGAGUUCCUGCGAAAGAAGCUGAUUGGCAAAGAGGUGUGCUUCAGAGUGGCAAGCAACCCCAGCUCAGUCAGGGAGUACGGAAGUGUCUACCUGGGUAAAGACACGACUGGAGAGAACAUUGCGGAGACUCUGGUGACCGAAGGCUUGGCUACUGUCCGCAGGGACGGAUUCAGAGGCAACAACCCAGAGCAGGCCAGACUGGGGGAGCUGGAGGACCAGGCGAGGGCUGCUAAGAAGGGCCAGUGGGCCGAGGGCAGCGGCUCUCACACCGUCCGGGACCUCAAGUACACCAUCGAGAACCCCCGCAACUUUGUCGACUCCAUGCACCAGAAACCUGUCAAUGCCAUCAUCGAGCACGUCAGAGAUGGGGGUGUGGUUCGAGCUCUGCUGCUGCCUGACUGUUACCUGGUCACUGUCAUGCUGUCUGGUGUCAAGCUGUCAUCUCCACUUUCCUGUGCUACUGAGCUCUCUAAGUGUGUCCCACCAUCAGGCCGCGAGGCUGACGGCACUGAGACCCCGGAGCCGUUUGCAGCCGAGGCCAAGUUCUUCACAGAGUCUCGUCUGCUGCAGAGGGACGUCCAGAUCAUCCUGGAGAGCUGCCCCAACCAGAUCAUCCUGGGAACCAUCCUCCACCCGAACGGCAACAUCACAGAGCUGCUUCUGAGAGAGGGCUUCGCCCGCUGUGUGGACUGGUCCAUGGCCGUCUACACCCAGGGAGCAGACAAGCUCCGCGCUGCAGAGAGAUCUGCCAAAGAGCGUAAGGUGCGUAUCUGGAAGGACUACGUCGCUCCCACAGCCAACCUGGACCAGAAGGACAGACAGUUCAUAGCCAAGGUACGCUGGUGUCAACAUAGACCACAAGAACUGGAGUCUGCUCCCCUCCCCUCCUCUCCUCCUUGCUGAGACUGGAGUC